GGCACUAAUAUCUUAGUUUGCCUUAUUAUUAGGUUUUUAUAUAAUAAUAGUACUAUGGCUAUUAAAGUCUUUAAAGCUAAUACUACUGCUGCUGCCAGAGGUUAUAAGAUUAAUAUAACUAUUAAUAUUAGCAAAGCACUUAGAAAUAAGCAGGACUAUAUUACUAAUACUAUAUAUUAA